AUAUACUAUCGUUUAAACAUUUUACAUUAUGAGCUUUUGAAUACAUAUAUAUAUAGUUUGCUAGGAAUAGGUAAUUGGGGCAAUCAAUGGAGCGUAUUUUAUCAAUCAUUAACAUAUUUACUAAUCUCAUCAAACUGGAACACCAUCGGAAUUUUUUGGAAAGUUGCAAAGAGUGCAGUAUUAUUCCUGUUGGAUUACUAUUAAAGAAGGUGCCAUCACUAGUAGGAACGCCGUCGUUGGAGUUUCAAGAGUCAUGGGACAAUGUUCUGGAAUCUGCACAAUCGCAGUUAUUGGCCUUACUUGUCAUACAGUAUCGGGAAUUGUUGAUCGGAGAGGAAGAGAAGGCUUUUCAUCACCUAAGUGCAGUACGCGCUAGUCUGACAAAGGAAGAGUUGGCCCAUGUACAGGAGCAACUGCGGAUUAAAUGGAAUCAUCUUUACCAGAAAAGACGACGUAAACUUAUUAGCAUUUUGGCGAGAAAUGGGAAAGAGUUUCGAGAGGAUAACGUUGGUUUUCUCAGGACAACCGAACACCAUGAGCAUCAUAUAUUUGAUGGGAAUGACUUGCCGUCAAAGGCCCCGGCGUUAGUCAACAAAGGAUCAUUAUCAACUGAUUCAGCGCCAUUGAGGAUUGGUGUUGGGGAAAUGAAUUGGCUGUCAGAGGAGGGACGCAUUACGGGUAGGUUUGUCAGCACAAAUGUUGUCAACCUUUCGAAGAAGGAGCUGUCGGAAGAUGAUGUUUCUCUGCUAUCCAAAGGCCUCAAGUUUUGCCCAACACCAAAGGAAAUAGACAAAGCGGAACUGAGAGCGGACCUUGAGGAGUUCAAACGAAGAAUGAGGUUAAAAUGGCAUUUUAAGGACAACAAUAAGACAGAAAAACAGUUAUUUAAAAAUAGGUCUAACUGGCAGCCCCCUAAGAAUAACCUUCUUCUUGAGAACUAUCUUUCGCUGGUGGAGAAUGAGGUGCUGUCUGUCUCACCGGAGGGUAAGAAUUUUAGUAAUCUCUCUCCUUCAGAACUCUCUUCACUCGAUAAGCUUAAAUGUGAUAAGGACAUAAUUAUAAAAGAAGCAGAUAAGGGUUCAGCGGUUGUAGUUUGGGAUCGGGGGGACUAUAUAAUGGAGGCUAACCGACAAUUAGACGAUAGGCAGGUAUAUGAAGAGGUUGAGGUGGAUCCCUCUGUAGAACUGGGUAAGACCAUAAAUGAUAAGUUAAAAGAAAUAAGGGAGGCGGACCCGGCGUUAGAUGAAGUGGCUGGCUAUUUAGAAGUUAACAAUCCUAGGUUAGGUAGAUUUUAUUUGUUGCCUAAGAUUCAUAAGGGUCUUAGUAAUGUAAAGGGGCGUCCAGUCAUUUCAAAUUGUGGUACAUUAACCGAACAUGUUUCAGAAUAUCUAGACUACCACCUCAACCCGUUGGUUAGCCAAAGUAGGUCUUAUGUUAAAGAUACUAACCAUUUUUUAUCUAGGAUAGGAAGUAUAGGAACUAUACCAGAAGGGGCAAUUUUAUGCACUGUUGAUGUUGUGGGACUCUAUCCUAGCAUUCCACACGAGGAAGGUUUAGAGGCCGUAAGGGAGGCGCUGGAUAGACGGGAAAAUCCAGGCGUGGCUACUGACACAUUAGCUGGGCUCGCUUCCUUAGUAUUGGAGAAUAACUAUUUUGAAUUUAAUGAUAGGUUUUAUAAGCAGAAGUUAGGUACGGCUAUAGGCACGAAGUUCGCUCCGGCCUAUGCCAAUCUUUUUAUGACUAGGUUAGAGGAGAGGUUGAUGGAUACCUUCGCCGACAAGCCCCUUGUCUGGAUGAGAUUUGUCGAUGAUAUUUUCUUUAUCUGGACACACGGGGAGGAUAGGCUGAAGUUAUUCAUUGACCAUCUCAACAGUAGCCACGACACAAUUAAGUUUACCAGUGAACAUUCUACAGAAUCUAUUAGUUUCUUAGAUGUCACGGUAAAAGUAGGAGAGGGGGGAGUCCUUAUGACAGACUUAUUUUGUAAGCCAACUGAUACCCAUCAGUUCUUACAUAAGAAGUCUUGUCACCCUUGGCAUACAAAGAAGGCGAUCCCCUAUAGUCAGGCUCUUAGGUACCGUAGGAUUUGCUCAGAUGAUCGCCAGUUUAAGGAACAUGUAGGUAAACUCGCUGGAUGGCUUAAGGAUAGGGGGUAUGAAGAGUCCCUUGUUAAUCAACAAAUAGAUAGGGUACGUAGGCUAGAUAGGGAGACUCUUCUGGAAAAAGCGGGAAGUAGGAAAACCAACGAAGGGAGGGCUGACAGGGUUCCACUCGUGACUACAUACCAUCCGGCACUUAAUGGUUUGGGGAACAUUGCCAGGAAACACCAUACCUUGCUCACUGGUUCAGAAGAGCACAAGGAGGUGUUUCCUGUGCCACCAGUAGUUGCUUUUAGGAGGUGUAAGAAUCUUAAGGAUAUUUUGGUGAGGGCUAGGCUUACAAGUGGGAGGGAGAAGGGACACAAUAACAGGGGAAGUUCGUGUUGUAAGAAGUCCAGAUGUCAAGUGUGUAAAGUCAUGUCUAACAGCGAUAAUUUUAAGUCUAGCACUACAGGUAAACAAUAUAAGAUCAACUAUUCGUUUAACUGUGACUCGUCCAAUGUUGUGUACUUAAUUGAGUGCAAUGUCUGUGGAGUCCAGUAUGUAGGUAGCACAUGCACGCCUUUUAGGCUUAGGUUUAAUAAUUACAAGGCGUGUAGUCGUAAGUUUAAUUUAGGGUCUUCAGUGCCCCAGAUGGAAUUUUUCAGACAUUUUUCUGAGGAAGGACAUCAGGGGUUUCUGAAUGACAUAAGUGUUAAGGUCAUAGAUAGGUUAACAGGUAAUGAUAGGAGGAGAGAAAGUUUUUGGCAAUAUCGCUUGAAUAUUUUCUCUCCGAUGGGUCUCAAUACUAGGCAGGUAGAUACAUAGGACAUUUAUAUAUUCUUCUACAGUUUUAAAUUUUUAAAAGUUUUUUUUUUAUAUUUUUAAUUUUUAAUGUCGGCUCUUUUGUUUAUAGCUUAUCUUCUCGUUAUUUUGUUUUUUGCUUUUAUGGCUUUCAUCUAUCUCUUGUGAGACAGCCAACACCAGCAUCUCCAUCACAUUCUUUCUUCUACCUUUCUUUUCACUUCUCUCCCAGUUCCCCAUAACAGUUUGUAUUCUAACACAUUUGACAAUAUGUAUUGUAUUAGGCAGGUGCCCCUUAUAUUAGGUUUCUAUUGUAUUGUAGUGUUCUAUUGUAAUUUAGGUUGAUAAGUAGGCUCCUCUGAUUUUGUAAAGUUAUUACUGAUGAAGCGAAAGCGAAACGUCUUACGAAAGUGUUUUCUUUGAUUCUAUAUAUAUGUAUAUAUAUAUAUAGUUUGAAGAGGCUGACAAAUUCUUAAUCUUUCCUCUGGAAAUUCAUUACCAUAUGCAUGAAAAUUCAAACCUGACAUAAAUUCAGUCUGUUGUUAAAAUUUUUGUAUCUCUGUUUGUUCAAGGUUGCAAAUGAAAGAGGAAAUGAUAAUAUUCGUAACUGGAUACCAGCAAUCAGAAAUCAUUUUUGGUACUGUUCUGAAACCUGCAAUGGAAAUUUAGAUGUAUUUAAGGUAACAAUCUAUUGAAAUUGGCAUUACAACUUUUGCUCUCUAUUAACAUGCUUUCUCGUGGCUAAGAAUAAAAACCAAAUAUUUUUGUCUCUCAGAAAAGACUCACAGAAAAGGUUCUGGUUUGGUUUCCAAAACCUGAAAUGAAUUUAUUAUUUUUGGAGGGUUAUCAUAUUAAACAAUGUAAAGUAUAAUUGCUUAGCUUGUUUGAGCAAAUACUUAAGCAACAUUCCUUACUACUCUGAAAACCUCAAAUAGGUUUUUGUGUACAAGUGUGUAUUUAUUUAAUAUGUAUGUAUACUAAUAUAGGCCUUUCAAAAAUGUUUUUGAGGAUUCGUCUUUCUGUUAAAAGUAUGGAUAAGCAAAUAAAUUGAAGUUGAUGCGAGCUUUUUUGUGAUAUCAAUUUCACAGGACAAAUGGCUUAGCCUGCUAAAGCAUCUGUGCAAUAUGCACUACCAAUGCAAUCACGGAUGCCUUGAUACCACAGGGAGAGCAGACUGGUUUUCAGCUACUGAUUCCGACUUCCAGCAAAUAAGGGGAAUUAUUCUUGACAAGAAAUUCCUAAAUAGCCUCAAAUUCUACACAGAUUUCAGGCACACAGGUCAACUUGAAGUGUUUCACAACCAUCUUCUGAUGUAUUGUCCCAAACGUGUUUUCUUCAACUAUCCUGCUUACAAAGUGCGUAACAGGCUUGCAUUGAUUGAUCACAAUCAUCACUGCAACCGUUUGCAAGCAAGAAAUGAAAAUGGAGAUCUCCUGUAUUCACGUCGUUGGAGUAAAAAAGCUGGCAGGUGGAUCCCAACCAUAACUAAGGAGCCUAAGGAUUAUUCCUACGUAUCAAGAUUGCUGGCAGCAGUUAUGAACAAGCGACGA